AUGCCGCACGCCAUCACUGCCUUGCAGCUCAAUACCGAUGGCCCUGACAAUCACGACCAAGCCGAUCUUCAACUACUACUAAAGAACAAGCUUCGCGGCGUACCGGCUACCCACCUCCCCGUAGUCACCCUCGUGGACAUUCUCGACCAAACCCCGCGAGCGCUCGAUAUCCCCAACAUACCAUCAGAUAUCCAACUACCCUUCUUCCUCCACAACCGUGUCGUCAUCGACCGCUACGCGAGCAAGCCCAUCAAAGAUGAAGAAAAACAGAGUAUGGAGAUAACGCGAGCGAUCUGGUUCUACCGACUCGACGAAGCGCACCAAUUCCAACGUUUCCACGACAUCAUGAGGUGGAACACUGCGAUCUUCGUUGCGCUGUUAGCUCAACACUCACAGUCUAGCGAUCAGCGUCAAUCCUCACAUGGCGAAGCAGGAGCAGUUGAUCGUCGUCCUGGAGCCAUAGACUCCUACCGCCCCGGACGGGUUACCACUCCCACACACGCACGUAUCCCUCCCGCAGCCAUUCGUUUCAUAAAACAAUACCUCGCCGCCGUCAUCGAACACCACAACACGCCCACUUCCAGUUUUGUCGCACGAGAGUCCUUCAUCCUGACAUGGAAAACUGGACCCUGGGAACUGUUCACGAACUUCGGGGGUGCGCAGAAGAAGUUGCUGAAGAACGCUAUGAAGAAGCUUAGUAAAGAGUGGGAGGCAGAGUUGCGUGUUGCAGAGUCACAGUUGGGUAGGGAGCGGUACGAGAGGAAGGUUGGCAAAUUUGUUGGUGGGGUGGUGCCUGGAAAGAGGGAGACGGGUGUGCGUGCUGAGGAGGUGAAGAGCGCGGGUAAGGAUGUCGACAACGCAAAUCUGGUGUUGCCUAACCGGGGAGAAGGCGAAGGAAAUAGUGGUAAUGAACUGUUGCAGGCGCUUCUGACUCCGUACGUACCGCAGACCAAUGAGGCUAGGGGGCAGGAUGGAAAGGGAGUCAAGAGUGGUGUGGUUGAGGUCGAAGGGACACUCGUCACGGAUGUAAGAUCUGCUAUUGCGGCUUUGCAGACGAUGGAGCCGAGUGCCAUUCUACCGGUGCUUAUCCGCUUGUUUCCGGAAUAG